UGAGAAAUGUUUCAGUGGCAUAUGCAUUACUAAGCACUGCCAUUAUCAUUCCAAAUCCGAGUGGCUAUUUUUCAACCAGAUUGUGGCAAUCACCAUCUUGGAAAAAUAGUUCAAACUUACAUUAAAAGGAAAGAACGGUUUCAAGUUGUCCAAGUGAAGUGAUGGGAAAGAAAUAACAUCAAAAUCUUCUCAUGAUAUCACAGCAGCAGAAACUACUUUUUCAAGGAGCGAGUAUGUGUCGGUAACAAGUGAUCAAGACAAUGCACAGUUCAUUUUCCUCUCAAUCAAUGAGAAGACAGUGAAAAAAAUCUUCCUACACCAGGACAAACAUCUGUCCCAAAAACAAGCUACAAAUACCCCACUUGCUCAGUACUUGUGAGUCUCUCAAAUUGAUCAAAUACACUUAGCUUAAGCUAUAAAAAAGGCUUGGAGCAAUAGUAACAAGAGGCAAGUGAGACCAAAUUCUUUUUUCAUAAACUGUGAAAGAUAUAGUGGAAAUGGAGGAAGGAGAAGAAGAUGUGAAGGUGGGUGCAAAUAGGUAUGGAGAGGGGCAACCCAUAGGAACAGCUGCUCAAACCCAACAUGGCAAGGACUACACAGAGCCACCUCCAGCACCACUUUAUCAGCCUGGGGAGUGGUCAUCAUGGUCUUUUUACAGGGCAGGCAUUGCUGAAUUUGUUGCCACUUUUUUGUUCCUUUACAUCACAGUUCUAACUGUCAUGGGGGUGGCAAGAUCCCGCACCAAGUGUUCCACGGUUGGCAUUCAGGGUAUUGCUUGGGCUUUUGGUGGGAUGAUUUUUGUUCUUGUCUACUGUACUGCUGGCAUUUCAGGGGGUCACAUCAACCCAGCAGUGACUUUCGGGCUGCUGUUGGCAAGGAAGCUGACAUUGACAAGGGCAGUGUUUUACAUGAUAAUGCAGUGUCUUGGAGCAAUAUGUGGUGCUGGUGUUGUAAAAGCUUUCCAAAAGAGCCCGUACGAGAUACUUGGUGGAGGUGCAAACACUGUCAGCACAGGAUACAGCAAGGGCAGUGGACUUGGCGUUGAGAUUCUUGGCACCUUUGUACUUGUCUACACCGUCUUCUCUGCCACUGAUGCCAAGCGUAGUGCCAGAGACUCCCAUGUUCCUGUCCUGGCACCACUACCUAUUGGAUUUGCAGUGUUCUUGGUUCACUUGGCAACCAUUCCUAUUACAGGCACCGGUAUUAACCCAGCCAGAAGUCUUGGUGCAGCCCUCAUCUACAACAAGGACAAAGCUUGGGAUGAUCAUUGGAUAUUCUGGGUAGGACCGUUCAUUGGAGCGGCACUUGCAUCCUUGUACCAUCAGAUAGUGAUCAGGGCCAUCCCUUUCAAAUCCAAAUGAUGCAUGACAGAAAACAAGGUUCUUUAGAGUUCCCGAUCAAAGUAUAUCUGAAAUAAUCCUCAUUAUUCUGCUAUUAAGGGAUCUAGUUAUUUAUUUUUCGUCCCUCAUUUUAGCAUGUAGAUGGUGAAGAAAGAAAUGUUAUAGCUUAUGGUAGUGGAGGUUCCAUUUAUGUAAAUUACUCACUCACCAGGUUACCCGAAUUACACGUUCGAAAUUAUGGAGUUUGGCCUCAAUUGUGUCUGAGUCUACUCCGUUGGAAGUGUCCUAUCUACUCUAAAUAAAUUGUUUCCUGGAAUGGAUUUAUCUACA